AUGGACAGCACGAGCUUUGAGACCUCUGACAUCGGCUGCAGUGAUGCUGCCAUCGACAUGGAUAUUCCCGCAUCUCCUAGAUCGCCCAGACGGACUCUCCAUGUUCGGAUCGAGACGUUUGGGUACAAGAACGGCAAGCCUCCAGCGCAAAGCCAACGUCAAAUGGUCUUGGACUGCUGUGGUAUUCCCAACCCAGGAACAGCUCGUUCCCGAAAACUUUAUACAGGGUUGAACAAGGAUCUUGCCAAAGAUGUGAUGAAAGAUGCAGCAGCACAGGAGUUGAUCAACAGAGGCGUUCAGUUCGUUCUGGACUCUAUUUCACAGCUAGCAGACAAAGAGGAAACAAAUGAAGCCGUGAAUAAUUGUGAAAAUGGCGACCGCCCCGAGGGAAACUCACCCCGAGAGCUUUCUCCAAUUGAGUGGGAUCCUACCUGCACGACAAGCAAUGAUGGCGCUGUGGUCAUUUUGGGAUAUGGAUGUCAUGCUGGUUUACACCGGUCUGUCGCAAUCGCACAAGCAGCUAUGGAACAACUCAAGGAGAAGCAUGGAAUUCAUCGGAAGCCGUUCAUUCGGCUUGAAGUGGUCCAUCAUUCGUUGCUUGGGCUCCAAAAAGCGCCGUCGCCGUCGGCGGCUUCCCGCACGUAUCGAAACAAAAAACAGGAGAAAAGAGGACGCAAGGGCAUAAGGGUAUGCAAAGAAAACGUGGGUAGCCAGAGAAGAUUGUGA